AUGAUGUAUUGGUCUGAAAGACAUGGGCAGCUGUUGCAAGGUGACAUUGUGGUGGUGCUGUUCUUGAGCACGUCCAUUCUCUUCUUCGUUGUGCACCAUCUGCUUCCGGUUGAGGAGCCUCUGCUGCAAAGUGAUGAGAAACUGGAAAAUCUGGAGCGCCUGAAGAAGACACCGGGCAAAGCCAGGACAUUGAAGGAAGCAUUGUUCGUGGUGGACAAUGACCCCUGCAGGCCUGCGGUGUUCGCGGCCAUGGAGGACAAGAGUCGCACCUUGCUGGUGUACAGGAAGCGCCUCACGCGAUCCCGGGCCUGUGUGUUUGUCAACGCUGUGUUGUUCCUGCCGUUGCUCAUCGACAUGCUUAUGGCAGCAUCAGAUUGGGAGGAUUGGCUUUUUCACGGGAACCUCGCCUACCAAGUGAUCUUUGCCAUCGCAGCCGGUCAUUAUGCCAAUAUGUUGUGGGAGGACUUGGACUCCUGUGGCAAUUUUAUCACAGGUUAUUGUCGGCUACCUCUACGAUCCAACUGCGAAAAAGCGGUAACACUUCUGGUGCUCUGGAUUCGCAAUGCGACCUGUCUCGGUAUUUUCCUGAUGGCGGCCAUGCUUGAGCUUCCCGGUCUUGGGCUGGCAACGUUACUUUGGGAGGCACCGCUCUAUCUGACCCUCUACCGGGAAGCGUGGACAUGUGCCAACGAGCUCUCCUAUUGGCUGCUCGAUGAGAGGCCGCUCUGGCAGUUCUGGAGGCCAAUGUUGCUCUUGCUGCUGGCGGUUCGCGUGCCAUUAACCGUCUUGCUCGUUACCACGUCGGUCAGCAUGGAGCUUGCAAGGGAUGAGCAAACACCCGAUCCAUCCAUCAGGGUGUUCUAUCACGUGGCCACUGUAGUGCUCAUUCUCGAGAACUUCCUGUUCCUGGAUAUGCUCGUCAGAGAGUACAAGGAAGAUCGGAGGCUUGCGGUGAAGAUGCGCGAGCUGGGUUGGCCUCACGGCAUGUCAGAAGACCGCCGAGUCAGUGUUUCUGCGGACGUGGCCGAAGCCGAACCUCCACCAGGCAACAGACGAUGCUCGCAGAUCACAAAUGACAUGCCUUGA